ACUCAGACAAAUGCUGAAGUCGCGAUUAAUUCGACGGUCGUGGGCACUGUAAAGGCUUCCCUUCUCUUCUUUGCUUUAGAUACGUUUGUUUUUCACAUCCUUUGAGUUGCAUCAUAUCUAGAGGGAAAAUGCCGUUGGUUUUUCUCGAACAACUGCCUCUUCCCUCUCUGCAAUCAUAUGUGACUGUAAGCGUGUUGUUGUUCGUUUCGGCCGUUCUCUACGCAUUGAAUGUUACUGUUGGUUCUGAUGAGAAGGAGAAGUUGAAUAUUUACGAUUUUAUGUCUCAGGAUAAUUUUUGUUUUUGGUCGAACUUGAACAUGGCCUACUGUUGUUUGUUUUUGUUCGGGAAAAUUAUCCAAAGGGUUGUAUUUGGAGAUCUUCGCGCCAGUGAACUUCAGCAAAUUCAAGACAGAUUCUGGAACUUUAUUUUCUACAAGUUUAUUUUCAUCUUUGGAGUUCUAAAUGUGCAGAAAUUCAAUGAAGUGAUGUGGUGGACGGCUUGGUUUACUCUACUCGGCUUCUUUCAUUUGUUCACACAGCUCUGUAAAGACAGAUUUGAAUAUUUGUCUUUCUCACCGACAACGUCUCCUUGGUCUCAUGCAAAAGUGAUUGGUUUACUCAAUACUUUGGUGUUAUGUUGCAAUGGAUUGUUCUUCAUCUGUCUUUUUAUUGGUUGGCCAGAUGGCAUACACACUUUCACAUUCAUGUUGGCUGAGUGUAUGUUGUUACUGAUCAAAAUAGUUCAUGGUCUGAUAAGGUAUGGCAUUCAUCUGUGGGAUAUAGGUCAUACCAGUAUGUGGGAAGGAAGAAGCACAUGGAGUUACAACACAGACAUGAUGAUGGAAUUGGCCUUGUACAUUGUGGACUUUGCUCAUCACCUUCACAUGUUGUUGUGGUCAAACAUCUUCCUAAGCAUGGCCAGCUUGGUGUUGUGUAUGCAACUUCGUCACCUCUUCUAUGGGAUCAAGAAAAAGCUGGCAAAACAUCGGAGUUAUGUAAGGAUUAUCAAGUGUAUGGAGUCAAGGUUUCCCUUGGCAACAGAAGAAGAGUUGAUUAAGAAUAAUGAUGAUUGUGCCAUCUGCUGGGAUUCCAUGGUUGCAGCAAGGAAGCUACCAUGUGGUCAUCUUUUCCAUAAUUCUUGUCUCAGGUCGUGGCUGGAGAAUGACACCUCCUGCCCUACCUGCCGCCAGUCACUUGCCAGCGAUCUGCAACCUGAGCAGGAGGAGCAGAGGCAAUCAAGAGGAGUGGCUGCAUUUAUGAUGGGGCGUGGGCUAAGAAGAAACCACUUUUUCCACUUUGAUGGUUCUCAGAUAGCCAGCUGGUUUCCAAGCUUCUCUGUGGAGGUCAUGCACACUGGAGUGGAAAAUGCAGCUGAGGGUCAACUUCCAGAGAGCCGCAUUGAAGCUAUGGCACACCAAGUACAAGCCAUGUUUCCAAAUAUGCCAUUCAACAUCAUUAUGGAGGACUUAAGACACACUCACUCCCUUGAGGUCACCACUGAUAAUAUUUUGGAGGGAAACAUAGCAGUGCCUUCUGUCUGGACACCACCUGAGGAACAAUCAGAGGAUUCAGAGCUCCUUCAGAUAGCACACCCAGACUCACUGACACCUUCAAAUACACCUGAAGAAACUGAAAGCUCUACAAGUGAGACAGAACAAGACAGCACAGAAGCAUCUAAUAAUGCGGAAGUGAUGAGAGAACAGGCACUUGAAGAGGCUGCCUCGUUGGAGCAGCGUCCAAAGCGUGACGAGAGCCCACCACCUAAUGAAACACCACCGGGAGAGAGAUACAGGAGUGUAUCGCCAUCUUUGAUGGAGUUUUCAACACAAUCUUCAGUGAGACAGUCCCUGUUGUUAAAGAGAAAAGAGAUGAUGCUUCAACAGGCAAGGAGGCGUUUUAUGGACAAAGAAGUCUCCAAUCAGAGUGAAUCCAGUCAGUAGUUGACGCAAAGUGACAGUCUCUCACAGUGGAAGCAGCUGAUGCCAACGUUCCAGAUGGUAGGGCAGUUGUAGCCCGGAAGAUGAACAUCAGGCUGCUGUUAAACUUUGAAAAUCCCUUUGGGGAGUGCAAGAAACUACGAACAAUUUAAUCAACUUUAUGACUCAGUAAAAACCAACUUUAGACUCAAAGACAAAUUAAAGAUAUCCUCCUUUUGAGGAAACGGGCGUAAGAUAAUUUUCGUAGAUCGAUGGUAAAAGUCACUCAAGGCGUGGUAUUCAAAUGACUUUACUAAGUCAGUUCCGCUUAAUCGCAGUUACCUUUAAACUUGCCCAUCCAUCUAUUACUGGGUACAUUUUGCAUAGGUUAGAGUGACGAAUUUAUAGCUUCGACUAAAACUUUAGUGUAGCUCACAUAGUGUGCAUUUAGAAGUAUGCAGUGUAGUCGUAUGACAGAACAAAUCACGAAAUAUUGUUUUUACUCCGUGGCAGAUACCUUACUUGUUCUAUAGUGCACGCGACUAAAUUAAUAGACCUACGCAUCGGGUUUGAUAUUAUCUUUAGGAACCUCGAAAAACUUUGACUAGACCCUUGUGUUGUAAUCGAGGCUCUGAAUGUGAUCCUUGUGCUGAUUCGAGGCUGGACGCUUAUUUACUUUCCAUACUUACAAGGUGGGCGCUUAUUCGGGUGCUUAAUCUAAUAAAUACGGUAGUUUUGUUUUCCAAGGCUGAAAAGUCGUUGAAAUUUGAAAAUUUGUGUUGUCAAAUUUCGUAUGAAAAUGAUUAUGUUAAAUGGCUCAAACUGUUGCAAUAAUCAUAAUUGUAUAACGUUAUGUUGGAAUGUUUUUCUUCAUAAAACACGGAAAAGCCUUUUGAACAGUUCCUGGGAUUUCAUGGGGUUAAGAUAAUACAAACUCUGUGGUAUGUAUGUUCAAUAGUUUUGUAGUUAAAUUUGUAAAUAAAAGAAGGUAGUUAUUAA